AUGUCAAAGAUUCUCCCAUUGCCGUACACUUCUCUCCGUACGGGUUUCGGGGUGUUGCCACCGCCAACUGUAGACGGAGAAGGAAGCGAGGAAGAAGCAAGAGAGUGUGAGCAAAAUGGAAGGAAGAACGGGUUGGUGGUGGUUCAUGGUUUUGGGCAUGGUGGAAUGAGAGCAGAGAGGUUGUGUUAA